GCGUUUCCCGCGUAAAACAGCGCCGUCCCGCAAUUGGCCGCGCUCCACCAAUGGCUCGGCGUCGCGCGCUCUGCGCCGCGAGAUGGCGGCAGCGUACGAUCACAGUGAUCACAACGCACCCGCGAUUCGCCAUUGCGACGUGAUUGCCUACUACCGAAGUUUCGUAUCGUGUUCGUGCGUGAGAAUUCGUUCCGGUGUGUCCCACGACGGACUUCCUUGGCUGCGGCCUACGCAAGUGCAAUUUGUCAGAGGAAUUAUUCGAGGGUGGAUAAGAUCGACACAUGCGCUGACGGGAUACAAAGCGGGAUAUAUCCUUAAUGAUUCAGCGGUACCGGUAGAUCCUCCAAGUCUUAGCCUGUCGCUUCGACUUAAUUGCCAAGAUUAUCCUUAUGUAAAUACAUUCCUCUAUCGCAAGUUACGCGUCGUGGUACGCUAA